AUGUUCUCAACAACGCCUGGUGAUGAUAGUAGUAGCAGUGAGAGUUGUAGCGAUUGUGAUAGCAGCUUGGGAGAUUCACCUCAUAAAUUCUUGCCUCUCGGAACCAAGUUGGCCAAGAAAAUAGAACAAGAUGCUUCGUUUGUAGAAUUUAUGGAUAAUUUUGUGCGCGAGUACUUGCAACAGAGAGGACUUGAUGAAUCACUCCGAUGCUUUGAAAGAGAAAGCAGGAACGAGUUUGAUCUCGCUUACUUUAUAGGCUGCAUUGAACAAGAUCAACUCUACAAAGCUGAUGAUUACAUCUCGCAAUUUCUGAUAAACAGUAUUUUACAGCAGCACACUGAUGUGAAAUAUUGUUUAUCUUUAUUGAGGCAAUUGCAAUUAACAUUUCAUAUUGCACUCAACAACGUUGGAGAAUACGAACGUAUCAUGAAGUCUAUCACUCAAAUGAUUGAGCAACUUCAAAUUCAAGAGGGAGACUAUCAUAAUCGAAUUAAGAAAAUUUACAAUGAAAAAAAUCAGUUGACUUGGUGCAACUAUGAAACAUCUAAGAAAAACAUUUUGAUUCUCCUUAAAAAAAAAUUUAAGGAUAUCUUACCCGAAGAGGAGUCAAUUAUAAUCAGUCAUGCUCAUCCAGUGUCGGUUAAGGUUGAACAUGAAGAAGAGGCUAGAAGAACAAAGAAGGCCAAACCUAAUGAAGACGAUGAAAUUGACAGCCUUUCUAAUGAGAGUAUGCAUCAUUCGCUGUAUGAAUUGGAAUGCACUCCUAAAAUUAAAAAUAUCAAUGACAUCUAUAUAGGUGAUAAUGGAUGGUUCAAUCUAUGUACAGACGAUGUAAUUUAUCAGAUGGAACUUUCGUCAUGUAAUAUUAUUAAUAAGAGAGUCUUAGACACAAAGUCUUUAGGGUUGGAAAAGAAAAAUUUAGCAAAUGGAAAACUAUUGACACGCGUUUUAGACGCACAAUUAAUGAUUGUAGAUUCUCGAAUUCCACGACUUACAGCUUUGAACCUUGAUGGAUCUAGUGUUGUUAAAUCUGUGAUUGAUCUAGAAUAUUUUGUUUUUACCUCUAUUUAUUCAUUUUGUUUCUCUACUAAUGAUAAGAACCUAUUCUUCAUGUCAAGCGAUCAUGGACUUGUGUCAUCUUUCAAAAUUGUAAACUCAUCUGCAAGCUUGCAGCGCCAAAAACAAGUCGAUGCUACUGUCAAAAAGAUACAAUCUGUAAAUUAUGACUCGACUACUGAGUUACUGUUUCUCAUCUGCGAUCAUCAAGUUUCAUAUAUUAGGAUUACCAUAGACCAAGGACAUGUAUCAUUUGGGAGAGUUAGACCAUUGCUGUUUCCCAAUUCAGAAAGUACUCCAAGCAAGGGAUGGAGCACAGCUCACACAAUUUCAAUAACACCGUUUUCAAACAAGAAAGCUCUUAUCAAAGACCGACAUGCUUUCUUUGUUUUUGACUGCCAAAGAGACGAAAUUGUUGUCUGUUACAAGGUUUCUAGCCAAGAAAAAACAAUGGUCUCGCUUUCAGUUUUCGACAACACCGUUGCUUUCAGCGAUUUCGACAGCACAACACAACAAUCGACCAUUGUCAUCACAAAUGAAUCUUUUCAACAUUCCAUUCAUCCAAUAAGAGUACAUGGCAUGAUCAAACAGCUGAAAUGGCUGGGUGAGGACAAGUGGUUAUUGCAUUUUACAGAUGAUGCACUAAAAAUUUUACAAUUAAAUCAUUGA